CUGCCUCUCCUCAGACAGAGAUCUGCGGGCAGAGCGACGCACACUGCGGGGAAAUGAAACACACUGCAGGACCCGAAGCACCCGCACUCUCCACACACACUCAGCUCCUCUCUCUGCGGGACACCACGCACCGUCCGGGAUCAUGUUGUUUCUUCACGACUUAUUAUCGGCUUAUUGGAUCGCAGCUGAGUGAAAGAGAAAGUCCACACUGGAUUUGAACCCUAUACGCACUAUACUUCUGCCACCGUGGAUGAAAUCUGUGCAUACUUUAUGUCUGAAUAACUCCAGCGGAUUCUCACAUAUUUCGGAUUAUUAUUUUAAACAAGGAGAUAUGUUGAUUUUAUUUGUGAUCAGCCUGGCCGUGCUGUCAGAUGCAGGUCUGUCAGGUGACGUGUUUCAAGCCGGUGUGUCCCCUCGCUGUGAGAGCCGGGCCUGUAACCCCCGCAUGGGUAACUUGGCUCUGGGUCGGCGGGUCCUGACGCAGACCGUCUGCGGAAACAACGGCACGGAGCUCUACUGCUCCUACUCCGACCCCAACGUCAACCUGGCCUGCAGCGCCGCAAAGUGCGCCAAGUGCAACGCCGGCUUGCCCCUCCUGUCCCACCUGGCCAACGCCAUGUCCGACUCCUCCUUCCGUCACCCCAACACCUGGUGGCAGUCGGCGGAGGGGGUGGAGUCUGAAACGGUGCAACUGGACCUGGAGGCAGAGUUCUACUUCACGCAUCUCAUCGUGGUGUUUCGCUCGCCCAGGCCUGCCGCCAUGACCCUGGAGAGGUCUCAGGACUUUGGGAGGACGUGGAAGAUGCUGCAGUACUACGCCGGAAACUGCACCGACACCUUUGGGAUGGAGGAGGGGAAGGCAGGCGUCGGCCGGGAUGUGGCCAUCUGCACAUCCAAAUACUCCGGGGCGUAUCCCUGCAACCGUGGAGAGGUGAUCUACCGCACCCUCCCCAAAUGGGAGUCCCUGGACCCGUUCGGGCUGGAGGGCCAGCAGCAGCUGAGGGUGACCAACGUCCGGGUCCGGCUGCUGAAGCGCCAGCCGUGUCCCUGCCAGGCCAAAGACCUCGCCUCCGCCCACGUAAACCUCCCAACCCGACACUUUGCCAUCUAUGACCUGAUCGUGAAGGGAAGCUGCUUCUGCAACGGACACGCAGAGCAGUGUGUUCCUGCCCCGGGGUACCAGCCCAUCAGAGACCGCACCAACCAUGUGGUCCAUGGGAAGUGUGUGUGCAGACACAACACUGCAGGUGAUCACUGUGAGCGCUGCAGUCCUCUCUACAACGACCGACCCUGGCAGCCAGCUGACGGACUGACGGGCGCUCCACAGGAAUGUCGGAAGUGUAAGUGUAAUGGACAUGCCCACAGCUGCCGUUUCGACUGGACGGCGUGGCGAGAGUCCGGCCAGCGCAGCGGGGGAGUUUGUGACUGUGUGCACAACACUGAGGGACAUCAGUGUCAGAAAUGCAAAGCCGGCUUCUACAGAGACCCCCAAAGACCUCAGACAGCCCCUGACUCCUGCAAACCAUGCGGCUGUCACCCCUUGGGCUCAAUGGCCUUCCACUUUGCAGACGGCUCUCUCUGCGACCCCUCCAACGGAAACUGCAUCUGUAAGCCUGGAGUAGGGGGAGCCCACUGUGACAGUUGCAUGGUGGGAUACUGGGGCUUCCACGAUUAUGGCUGCCGUCCAUGUGACUGUGCAGGAGACUGUGAUCCAUUCACUGGAGACUGUAUGUUUGGCUCUGAUCUGGAGUUAGAGGGAAACUCCAGCGAGCCGGUGAAGAUUUUCAGACCCGACGAACUCUUCUCUGCCCUUCACUACUCAGAGAAGUGUGAGUGCAAAGAGCAAGCACUGACCAACAGUAAACUCUUCUGCACCAUGAAUUAUGCAUACGUCCUGAAGGUAAAAGUGCUGUCCGCCCACGAUAAGGGCUCACACGCUGAGGUGGAGGUCAAAGUUCAGAAGGUGCUCAGUCAGAACACCAAGGUGAAGGUACCGCGGGGUCGGGUCACUCUUUACCCCGAGUCCUGGACCGCCCGGGGCUGCACAUGCCCCAUCCUCAACCCAGGAGUGGAGUACCUGGUGGCGGGUCACUCGGACCGUAAGCAGGGCCGCCUCCUGGUCAACAUGAAGAGCUUUGUCAAACCUUGGAAAGCCAGCUUGGGCCGCAAAGUCCUCACGCUCCUAAAGAAAGACUGCAACUGGUAGACAGCCCAUUUCAAAAUACUGGAGUACCAAUGGACACAGGGACGACAAUGCCAUGGAUUCUUUCUUGUCCGCCAAAUGUGAGAUCGGGAGCAGGUUUUAGGGGCUGAACUGAGAUGAUUGAAGCCCCCUUUAUUUCUCCAAUGAGAGCUAGUGGUGGACUGCGCCAGCUUAAAAGCAUGUGGGACCUUAUUUUAUUGAGAGAUAUAAUGUCUUACACAUUCCUACGUAGAAUUUCUUCUGCUGUUGCUGCUGCGGCUAAAGACGUUGAGGAAUUCAGCGCUUUGGCCACGUGCUUUCUAUUUUAAGUGACUCCCUUUGAGCGCGUUGAUUAAAACUGAAUCUUUUCCUCUCUGCAGCACUUUAGCCUAAGAUGGACUGAGGGAAAAUGGACACAAAAAGAGAGGGAGACCUAUCAUACACAUACUAAAUGACCCCCCUGACAUGGAACGUGGAUGGAGCAUGUCUAUUUUCUAUGACAGUGGACACUCCUUCACACAGGAAGCAGUGUGUGUGAGUGUGUGUCUGAACAAGCCAUACAAGCCACUACAGGUGGAUAAAUCUUAGCCAGUCCAGGUGUGCCUGUGUUGAAGAGUGAAUGGAUUUGACCCAAAACGUGAAUGUAUUUGCCUGUUUUUGCAAAUGUGUGUGUGUGAGACAGAAAGAGAGUGUUAGAUUGAAGAAGAAUACUAUGAGCACGGUCCAGAUUCAGUCCAGCUCUUAAGCUUUUCUGUAGGUUUGUGUACACUUUCAACAACAGCCGUUCCAAUGUUGAUGAUGUAACGUCAUGUAUAUUGAUUCAUCUCAUAUUACACUAAUUUCAGAAAAUCCUUGUUAUUCCUUCCUUUUGUGCUCUUGUACAGUAUUAUUUGUAUAUAUCUAUAUAAAUAUUAUGUUCAUCUUUCUCCCUCUGUUUAAUUGUUUUUGUAUGUGGUAAUAUUAAAGGAUAAUUACAGCUUUGGUCUUAUUUUCA